AUGACCUCUCCCUCUUCUGAUGAGAUUUUCGAUAAUUGGAGUGGAAUCAAAGAAGAUGAUUUCUCCAAAACAAUAUUCGAGACAUUCGGCCUAUCCAAUGACGACAAUUAUGUAUAUCGCGCCGAAUCAUUCGCCAUGACAUUAUCACAAAUUCAAGAAACUACCAGUACGGGGAAAUUAAAGUAUCAUUACCAAGAUCAUGGCAAGGUGGUUCAGGUACCACUCGCAGACAUCGAUGCCUAUACUUCGAUAUUCUCUUCCAAAACCGAUACAUCUAAAGCUCUAGUGGCAUUCUCUUCCAACGCAAAGAAAGGUUCACCUCGAGAAUGGGUUGCGAAUUACCUUCAAUCUCGCCGAAUUGCUCCUUCAUAUAAGAUACCGAAAGCCAAAACACACAUAAAUCCAUACUAUGAGAUCUGGGCUUACACUUGUCGGAUGGUAUCUUUCCUUGGACCACUUCCUGAUGCACAUUAUGCGGAUCCUGCGGCCGCAAAAAUGACCCAUCCUGUUCUUCCUGUUCUUUACCACCAUUUUGGAUGUGUCGUACCAUCUUACGAUUCUCUAUACAUAAUAUCUCGACUUGUGGAAGAGUCAAAAGCCGAUGGAGUUAUUGAUAUGGCAAGUGGAAGUGGAUAUUGGACAUAUAUGCUACGCAGAAUGAAGGUAAAGGUGAACGCUGUUGAUAACAUGGCGAGUGAAUAUAGGAAUAUGUGGAUAUCUGAUACUGAAAAGGCAGAUGGGGUGGAAUAUCUGAGGAAGAAUGCUGGAGGAAAGAGCAAAGUUUUAUUGAUGGUAUACAUGAUUACAGCUGGGACAUUUACGAAACGAGUGUUGAACGCUUACAAAGGAAAUACAAUCGUGGCAGUCGGAACACAAAACGCGAAUCGAUACACAGGAUUUAGCGACUGUAGUAUGGAAGAGUGGUUUCAGAAGGAGAUAAGUGAUUGGGAGCUCACUUGCAGAAUCGCAAUGCCAAGUUUCGCAGGAAAGGAUGAAGGAAUGUUUGUAUGGAGGAGAAAGACUUUAUGA